CACGAGUACUAAAUCACACAAAAGAACAACGAUCGUCCGAACCAUUACACCCAACGCUACCGUGACGAUGUCCAAGAUGCGCGCCGUAUUAAUCAAAGGCGGGCAUGGUCCCAUUGAGAACCUCUACAUUGGGGAGGCAGAUAAGCCAGUCCCAACAAAGGGACAGGUUUUAGUAAAGAUUGUCGCAUUUGGCCUUAAUCGCAUGGACCAGUACCAGCGUCAGGGUGGCUAUCCUGUUCCCGCUGGUGUAUCCUCCAUUCUUGGCGUGGAGUUCUCUGGACGUGUGACUGAGCUCGGCGAAGGCGUGACUCAAUGGGCUGUUGGGGAUGAAGUAUUUGGUCUUGUGGGCGGCGGAGCUUAUGCGGAGUUCAUAAACUGUGACGAAGGACUCUUGUUGAAGAAGCCCGGUCACUUAUCUUGGGCGGAGGCAGCCAGCAUACCAGAAAACUAUCUUACGGCCUAUCAAGCUCUUGUGAAGUACGGGGAAGUCAAGAAGGGCGAUCAUGUACUUGUCCACGCAGGCGCUUCUGGUGUAGGGAUUGCGGCUAUCCAAAUAGCAAGGGAAUAUGGAGCGGCAACGGUUACUGCGACGGCGUCUACCACAGAAAAACUUGAUUGGUUGCGGUCCAUUCCUAACGGGGCGACACAUACAGUCAAUUACAGAACCGAAGACUUUGCCGCGGAGGUCAAGAAAACGACCAACGGCAAAGGUGUCAAUAUUGUCAUAGAUUUCGUUGGACAAAGUCAUUGGGCCAAGAAUAUCGAAUCCCUCGCUAUUGAUGGAAGGAUGACGAUGUUGGCUACUUUGAGUGGGAGCGAGGUGCCCUCGGUCAACCUUAGCGCGAUAAUAUACAAGCGUCUCCGCAUUCAAGGUUCUACGCUACGUUCCCGUAGUCUACAGUACCAGACCGAGCUCAUCGCAAGCUUAAGUUUCCGCGAUAUAAUCGAUAAGGUAACUGGCGUCAACGGAGGUGGCCCGAUACGGACUUACAUCCACAAAGUGUAUCCUUGGACAGAGAUCCAAAGCGCUCAUCAUGAGAUGGUGGACAAUAAGAAUAGCGGGAAGAUCAUCGUUGAAGUCGAGUAAGAACGCGAACAGUGUACUAGCCGAGAUUGGAGCCUAUCAGGAAUUCCUCAAGUCUUCCGUUGACUGUGUAUUUUUAUGGAUAAGAUUCUGCCACGGCCUCAAGGCAGGCAGUGCGAGACGGAAUCAACGGGCGGCUACUGCCAGUGAUAUUUUUUUUUCAUUGAACGUGAAGGUGCUGUAGACAUCGGAGCAGUCACCGGAUGUCAACGCCUGCUUACCACAGACAGUGCGAGAAUGAUUGAUGUGCAACGAGCCCCAGAUCAAGCC